UUCAUUCGCCACGCGCUUCCCGUAACUUCCAGCUGAGCACGCGCACACCAGUCGUGGCCGUUUGAGCAUGCGCAGGCCAGUCGAAGAAGUUUCGAGCAUGCGCGGUCAGGACUAGACGAAGAGGGGGAAAAAGAAAAGCAAAAAGUGGCUACACUAAGAUAUUUUUAAACUUAAAAGAACCCUACGGGUUUAUUUUAAUUAAAAAGCGCCACUCUUUUUGUGUUUAAUUCAAUCAUUCAGUUUGUGUUUAGAAGAAACAAGUUUUAUUUUACAAAAGGCCAACAUGUCUUACAGGGGAAAUUUCGGACCGGGACCAGCAAUGGAGCACAACUACAGUCAAAGGCGUAAAAACACAAAUGGGGGAUUUAUUGAACAAACGACGACAGACGACACAAUCAGAAUAACAGAGCAUCUCAGCGGUAGAGCAGGCAUGAAUCAUCCUCGCUUACAUCCAUUGUUAGAUGAUUAUAGAAUGCUCAUGCAAACCCCAUACUUCCUGGAUCCCUCUCCUACCUUUUUCGAUAUCAACGGAUAUUAUCCAGAUGAUGAUUUUACAGAGAGCGACGAAGACGACGGCGGGAAGCCCUACUGUGGAUUCAGCAAGAACUUUCUAGAUCGCGGGGGGUUGAAGCAAACUGGCCUGAGCCAGUCCCGUCUGUUUCAGCGGGGGUUAAAUGUGACAGCGAAGGAAAACGCAAAGGAGGAGGCCGACAGAAUAGCCAAAGAACUGGCGGAUGAGGAGCAGAAGUGUAAGGACAAGGCAGAAAAGAAGAGGCUUAAAAAAAUGAGGCAAAAAGAACGAAAACGACUCGAAAAGUUAAAGGACAAUGAAAAAGACGCUAAGAGUUCGGAUGCAGAGGAGUGCUCUAAAGCAGACGCCGCAGAGAGUAAACCGGAAGAUAGUCCACCUAAUGAACCGCGUGGUGGUGAUGUAUCAGUACCUGCACAGGCCAGAGAAGUAGCUAACGAGGUGGAUAACGAAGAAGGGGAUGGUAGUGACCUGGAGGAACUGGAUAUGACCAGCACCUUUGUGUCGAAAGCGGCUUCUAUAGCACAGCGUAAAAUCGACCUCAAGCCUAAACCUGAGAAAAGGGAAAAGAAGAUGCCUUCCUCAAACCCACGGAAAGAGUCACAGGAGUGGCAGAGUCAGGGAGCUUCACAGAAUGAGGCACCGUCCGACACGGAGGACAUGGUUGCAAAGAGCAUACAGCUAGCCAACGCGGCAAACUCCUUGGCCGGCAUCGGAGACUAUGUCCAGGCAGUGAAGUAUUUUACAGAUGCCAUCAAAUUUAACCCCAAGGAGUAUCGGCUGUUCGGGAACCGCUCCUUCUGCUAUGAGAAAAUGCAGCAGUAUGACAAGUCUCUCACAGACGCCGAGAUCUCGCUCACCAUGAACCCGAACUGGAUAAAAGGCUUCUACAGGAAGGGAAGGGCCCUCACUGGGCUCAAGAGGUACGGCGAGGCCCUGUUAGUGUUCAAGGAAGUGUUGAAGCAGGACAGCAGUAGCAGUGACGCCGCCCAGGAACUGAUGAAAGUGCAGAUAAUGCAGCUUAUGGAGAUGGGCUUCUCCAGAGAGCAGAGCACCAACGCCCUGAUAAUCCACGGCACCGUGGAGAAGGCCCUCGAGGUGCUGUCCAGUAUUCCUGACAUCAUUAAGACCUGCCAGCCUGUUGAAGAGGAAUGGGUCGUGAAUGAGAGAAAAAAGGCAUCGCCUGUCCCCAAGAAUGUAGCCGUCGCCAAAGCUAACAGUGCGGCCAAGAUGGCGUCUUCCAGGGGCCAGGGGCAGGUAGAGCUGUUUCCGGUGUGGGUGGGGAACCUCAGCACUUCCAUCACAGAGAGUACGCUGAUGGGGCUGUUUAGCUCAGCCGGGGAAAUCCACAAUAUCAAGCUGCUCCCUAACAGGCGAUGUGCCUUUGUGAACUACACCAAGAAGGAAAGCUGCGAUGAGGCCAUCCGGAAACUUCACGCCAUGGCGGUGGAAGGGAUCCAGCUGACUGUCCGCUACCCUGACCGCAUCCACUCGCACCUCGGCGGGUCCAAGGCGGCAGUGACGGCUGGUGAUAUCCUCUCUCCAUCGGGGCUAAAAUCUACUGGGGAGUGUUUCCUGUGGAGAAGCAAAGGCUGCCAUCUGAAGAACUGCAUCUUCAAGCACGUGCCUGAGCACAGAGGCAUCGACAGGAAUAAGGGCAAGGUGCCCACCUGAUCCGGCGCCCGCCUCUCCGAGGAAGCCCACCCGGGAACUCAUUUGCCCUGCGGAGUAUGCUGCUCCGUGUCGGCCAGAGAUGUUUCUACCCGCUCUGCAAGGAGGGGGCGAUUUCCCUGCUUGUCAUGUGACCUGAUUUUACGGGAAGAGUAAAGAUGACAUCUGGAACUGAUCCUCGUCGGAUGUGUGGUUUGGGGAAGGGGGGUGAAUUUCAUGCCUGCUAGCAGCCGAACGCUGAAACGUUAGUGUCUUAUUACUUCAUAUUUAUUGAUGUUACUUAGCUGCUUAUAAGAUGUGCUCUCUAAAGGAACCUUCGUACGCAUUUUAAACCCUACAGGCCCACAGGACUGGGUGUUUUAUGGAAGCAUCUCAGGGUUUAGUGUGUAGUUUGUGGGAGGACCCACAGGGUCCCCGGGGGCAUUUGGCUUUCAGUAUAUUGGGUUUGUAUCCACAGUUUUACCUGCUGCCUCCUUGUUGCUCUAUAUCGGCCUUCGAAUCCCUGGGAGUUUUCACUGCAGCAUUUGCUGUGUUUUCUCUGUGUUAGACCAGCGUUUAGUUCAGUGUUUCCCGAUCCGGUCCUCUGUGACUCGCAUUCAGUCCAUUUUUUUGCUCCCUCCAAGCUCCCUACCAGACAGUCCACAUUUUUGUUCCCUCCAAGCUCCCUCCAAGCAAAAAACAUGGACUCUCUGUGGGAUUGUCGGAUUGGGAAACACUGGAUUAGUUAAUGGUGACUAGGGAAGCAACAGUGAGCCUAUUUUAGGCCCUGAUCCUGGAAGGCAGGAGUGUACAGGCAGGAUUUGUGCCGUUAUACUCUGCCCGCCCCCCUCCUCACCCGUGCCUUAAAUUAUGGAUCGUCCUUAAUUAUGAAGCUGCCCCUGACUGCCAGCAAAGUCACUGAAUGAAAAUGAAUGAUGUAAUAAAAAGGCAACUUGUAUGUUUCUCCGUAACAAAGCUGUUCGUCAUUAACUUAGCAAUCGGCCCUAACCUGACAUGUUUUCAUGCUCUGAGGUUCCGCUUCAACAUGCCUGCUCACAGCUCUCUGCUGUUUGCGUAUCAAGGUUUUAGAAAUCCUGUGUUUAUGAAGCUGUCUGGUUUAAAGGUGGGCAGUGAAUCAAAUAGACACUUCAGUGAUUAUGGAGUGAAGCCUUUACCUGCUUUUUGCACACUUAACUUAAGUAGAUCCUGCUUUUGUGAUGCAAUGCAUUUAGCGUCCUGUUGAUCUCUCUGUGGAGACUGUUCCACUAAGCAUGUAAUUGUAGGAAGAAGUGGUGGUCCAGUCUGAGAUUCAUUCUUUUGUGCCAAAUUAGUUACAAAAGAAGGUGCCCAAGCUAACGUGGCGAACCUUUCACACAUCCACCCACCCGAAGUGUCUUGUAUCCUAAUUUUAGCCCUAAGUGAUGCCAAUGUAAUGAAUCUUGCUGAUACUGCUAUUGACAGCAUCUAAACUGAAACAAUGAAUCAUUAAUCAUUCAGAUUCCUUUAAUGUUAACUUGUAUCGCUUGUCUGAAGUCUGACUCGGAUCAAAAAGUUAAUGUUAAUUUUUUUUCAUCUUAACUUGGUUGCGAUUGAUUACAGAAACGUUUUAUUCCAAAUGCUACUGUCCUCAUACGUCUUAAUUUCAUUUAAUGCGAAUCGAGAUAUAUUUGUGAACACCUGGAAUAUGAAUGUGAAAAUCAGGUAUGUGGAGGUGUCGACGGGACUCGAGGUUCUGUGCUGAUGGGUUUGGUCAGGUUCCAACAUGUGAAAUUGUCUCUUGCUACAAGUAAUGCCCUUUAUGGUUGAAAUGGACCCUUGAUUUCCCGAAGGCUUUGACAAAUGACUCGUCUCUCUAUUUCUCUUUGUAUAGUCUAUCCAGAGAUCUUUUGCUAGCCGUUAUACAGGUUUGGUUCUUGAAAUAUUCACUGUAGCCAAUAAAUCUAAGUAUGCAUACCCACUGGUCCUUUCAGAACAAUGACGGCAAUGUUUAGUGAGUGUACCUGUACUUUGUCAACUGCUGAAAGUCUUAUUUUUUCAUUUGGAAAUUAGUUUUUCUUAAAUUCAUUUACUGAAAAGAUGUUUCCCCUUUUUUGUUCAAAUAAAUAUAAAAUAUUUUGGUUUUCUUAACUGGAUGCAUUCUGAUAUGUUUACAUGAUUUGUUAACAAUAAACGGGGCAUUUUUAAAUA